GGCAAGGGCGAGCCCGGCUCGGCGGCGGCGGAGCUGGCGGACGACAAGGACAAGGCGGCGGAGGAGAAGAAGGCGGCGGGCGACGGGGGCAAGGAGGGCGAGGGCGGCAAGGAGGGCGAGAAGAAGAACGGCAAGUACGAGAAGCCGCCGUUCAGCUACAACGCGCUCAUCAUGAUGGCCAUCCGGCAGAGCCCCGAGAAGCGCCUCACGCUGAACGGCAUCUACGAGUUCAUCAUGAAGAACUUCCCCUACUACCGGGAGAACAAGCAGGGCUGGCAGAACUCCAUCCGCCACAACCUCUCGCUCAAUAAGUGCUUCGUCAAGGUGCCCCGCCACUACGACGACCCGGGCAAAGGGAACUACUGGAUGUUGGACCCUUCCAGCGACGACGUCUUCAUCGGGGGCACCACGGGCAAGCUCCGCCGGAGGUCCACCACGUCGCGGGCCAAGCUGGCCUUCAAGCGGGGCGCCCGCCUCACCUCCACCGGACUGACAUUCAUGGAUAGGGCAGGAUCUUUGUAUUGGCCCAUGUCCCCUUUCCUCUCCCUGCACCACCCCCGGGCCAGCAGCACUUUGAGUUACAAUGGCACCACGUCCGCCUACCCCAGCCACCCCAUGCCCUACAGUUCAGUGUUGACUCAAAACUCCUUGGGAAACAACCACUCCUUUUCCACGUCGAAUGGGUUAAGUGUUGAUAGACUAGUCAAUGGAGAGAUACCUUACGCCACUCAUCACCUCACAGCAGCAGCGCUGGCCGCCUCAGUGCCAUGUGGCUUGUCAGUCCCCUGCUCUGGCACCUAUUCCCUGAACCCUUGCUCCGUGAACCUUCUCGCGGGCCAGACCAGUUACUUUUUCCCCCAUGUCCCUCACCCUUCAAUGACUUCUCAAAGCAGCACUUCAAUGACGGCCAGGGCAGCCUCCUCCUCCACGUCUCCGCAGGCGCCCUCCACUCUCCCCUGUGAGUCCUUAAGACCUUCUUUGCCAAGUUUUACAACGGGACUGUCCGGAGGACUUUCUGAUUAUUUCACACAUCAAAAUCAGGGGUCUUCUUCAAACCCUUUAAUACAUUAACCUCCAUGGGAGCAGACUGUAAGUGAACAUUUUACACACAUUUGCAUUGUACAUGAGAAUUAAAAGAGAGAGAGAGAGAGAGAGAGAGAAACAAACAAACAAAAAAAUACAAAACAAAAAAGUCCAGGUAUUUUUUAUUAAGUCCCCCAUUUUCUGUACGUUUGUUCAGUCUUUAGGGUUGUUUAUUAUUCCAGCGAGGGGAGGAGCGUCAGCAAGGUGCAAUGUGGGGAGAGGACAUUGUAGACUAUGAAGUUUGGAAGUCAAAAUGAUAGUAGAAUGUGUAUCUAAAUAGUGACUGCUUUUGCAAUUUUUAUUCAGCUAUGACAAGCCUAUCACUAAAACCGCCAGAGUUUCCAUGUUUGCAGUAUUAUAAGUUAUCAUGGAUAUGUUGGUGGAUGCAGACCUUGGGAAGGAAAAAAAA